ACAGCUUGCUUCCUGCCUCUUGUUUCACAGGUGUGAAUGAGGCAGGAUGAACUGGACAGGUCUAUACACUUUGCUCAGUGGCGUGAAUCGGCAUUCUACAGCCAUUGGCCGAGUAUGGCUGUCUGUCAUCUUCAUCUUCAGAAUCAUGGUGCUGGUGGUGGCUGCUGAGAGCGUAUGGGGUGAUGAGAAGUCUUCUUUCAUCUGUAACACCCUCCAGCCGGGCUGCAACAGUGUCUGUUAUGACCAUUUUUUCCCCAUUUCCCACGUGCGCCUAUGGUCCCUGCAGCUUAUCUUGGUUUCCACCCCAGCUCUCCUCGUGGCAAUGCACGUGGCUCACCAACAGCACAUAGAAAAGAAAAUGCUACGGCUUGAGGGGCAUGGGGACCCCCUUCACCUGGAAGAAGUAAAGAGGCACAAGGUGCAUAUCUCAGGGACACUGUGGUGGACCUAUGUCAUCAGUGUGGUGUUCCGGUUGCUGUUCGAGGCUGUCUUCAUGUACGUCUUCUAUCUGCUCUACCCUGGCUAUGCCAUGGUGCGGCUGGUCAAGUGUGAGGCCUUCCCCUGCCCCAACACAGUGGACUGCUUCGUGUCCCGACCCACCGAGAAAACCGUCUUCACUGUCUUUAUGCUCGCCGCCUCCGGCAUCUGCAUUAUCCUCAACGUGGCGGAGGUGGUGUACCUCAUCAUCCGGGCCUGUGCCCGCCGUGCUCAGCGCCGCUCCAAUCCGCCCUCCCGCAAGGGCUCCGGCUUCGGCCACCGCCUCUCACCUGAAUACAAGCAGAAUGAGAUCAACAAGCUGCUGAGCGAGCAGGAUGGCUCUCUGAAAGACAUUCUGCGCCGCAGCCCCGGCACUGGGGCCGGGCUGGCUGAAAAGAGCGACCGAUGCUCAGCCUGCUGAUGCCAUGUACCAGGCAACAUCCCAUCCCACCCCUCCCUCACCCCGCCCAGGCCUGCCCCUCCUUCUCCUAUGCCGGUGAGCAGGCCUCUGCCUGCUAGGGAUUGCUCCAUCAAACCUUCCCUCCCUCCCUACUCCCCUUCCUCAGAGAGCCUUCCAUCAAAGACCUGGCCGGCUGGGGAGUGGGGAGCCACUUCUGCACCAGGGCUCAAGGUUAUUGAGGGCAUGGGCAAUUCUUUCUGCCUAUAGCCUUUCCUCUUCCCUCUCCCUCUCCCUGAGAUGAGAGAUGAGAUGGUGUGAAGGUAUUUCCAAUUAGGAAACGAAUCUUAAUCCCCCAUGCUGUCAGGUACCCCACUUUGGGAGUCAUGUCGGUGGGGAGGGAUGUGGGCAAGCAGAGUGGAGGAGGGGCUCUGCAUUGUGGAUGGAGAAGGGAGGGGAGCUUGCCUUGCUGCCUGCCACAAGGAAAAGGAGGGCACAUCUAGGGUGAGGGAGUUCUGGAGGGAGAAGGAGGCAGAUCAACUGGAGUGGAUUGGUCAGGGCUGACCCCAGUCCCCAGUUCCCAAGACCUCUCUCUCUGCAAAUGUUACACAUUAAACAGGAUUUUACAGUAAAUGAAGAGA